UUGCUAGGAGACGCCGCGCAUGCGCAGAGGGGGAUAAGUGGCAGCACAGCAGGUGGUUUCUGGCUGAGGCGCUGGGGCGAGGCGGUGCCGUUUGACUCCGCUCCGCUUUUCUCUCUACGCCCUGAAGGCCUUCCCGGCCCGGUACCGCAGCCCUUCCCCACUAUGGAGGUAGAAGAUGAUUUGGAUGAUCCAGAGAGAUUAAUACAGUGUCCAUAUAAUAAACAACAUCAAAUCAGAGCCUGUCGUUUUCCCUAUCAUCUUGUGAAGUGCAGGAAGAGUCACCCUGAAGUUGCAAAGUUAUUGGCCACGUGCCCGUUCAAUGCUCGCCAUCUCGUUCCUCGAGCCGACCUCGUUGAUCACAUAUCGAAGUGCAGGGACAAGGGGUUCAUUGAGCAUGAUAUAGCACACUGUUCUUCUGGCUUCCAAAGAGAUGAGGUGAAUGCUGUAAGCACAUGGCAGGCACCUCCAUGUGAUGAAGACUGGGAAACAGAGUUGCUAGAGCAGCCAAAUUCCCCUUUUGUUUGGGGCAUGACCAACUCUGGCAUAAACAGUUGCAGUGUCAGCUCUGGACAAAAGAAUUACCUUCCUUCAAGUGUACGUGCGCCUGAGUCCUCCCCAUAUGCAGCAUCAUGGAAAGACUAAAGCAUCCUGAUCGUGUCAUUGCGGCUUCAAGCCAUAAGCCGUCACUUCAUCGUGUGGGUGCAUGGUGUUUCAAUUCAUACAGUAAUGGGGAAUCCUCUGUGAAUUCCUUACAACAUACAAUUCUAGCAUGCAAUCCUUACAACAUGCAAUUAUGCAGUCCUUACGAUGUUCACGUACACAGGUGAAAUCUAGACCUAAGUAUUUGUCAAGUUUCCAUUGGAGUUUUGCAGUUCUUACUUAGAGAAAAGUUUUCCAAUGUUUAGAGCAUGUUUGAAAGCUCUAACAUAGCUGUUCUUUCCUGAGGAUGGGGAAAAGUUUAGUUUACUAUCAGUACAUCUAGGACUGUGGAAUUGUUUGGAUUAAAUAGUAUGCUUCCUAAAAAAUGAAUGCAAAGUGCAAAAUAAGAUCUAAAUUACAAGCACGAAAAACUAAGAAACGACACAAGGUAUUUGUCUAGAAUAAAGUUAAUGCCACUGAUGUUUUGAAAAGAGUUCUCAAAAUACUGACUUCUUACCAUUAGUGUUACUGCCAGUGUAAAAUAAUGUUUGCUGACUAGCAUAAUGUGCAAAAUUAGGGUUGGUUUUGUCAAGAUUCUUGUUGUUCAGAAUGACAGUUCAUAAUAAAAAGAUUUUGAAUCACA